AACACUAGCACAGUAGCCCGGUGUUUCGGCCUCAAUUUUUUUUGCUAAGGCAACAAAUAAUUCCAACUGCGUUCAGUUGUUUAUUAAACCCAAACAAGUUAGUAAGGAGAAAAAUAUUGUAUUGAACAAAUAAUUCAAGACAUCCAACAAUAUAAUCAUGGCCGAGGCGGAGAAGAUUGAGGUACGCGACAUAACUCGCAUUGAGCGUAUUGGAGCACAUUCACAUAUUCGUGGUUUGGGACUGGACGAUGUACUCGAAGCACGUGCCGUAUCCCAGGGCAUGGUGGGCCAGAAGGAUGCCCGUCGUGCAGCUGGCGUGGUCACCCAAAUGGUGCGCGAAGGCAAAAUAGCUGGUCGUUGCAUUUUGUUGGCCGGUGAGCCGAGUACUGGCAAAACGGCUAUCGCAGUUGGCAUGGCCCAGGCUCUGGGCACUGAGACUCCAUUCACAAGCAUGUCCGGAUCUGAAAUAUAUUCACUGGAGAUGAGCAAAACCGAGGCUCUAUCGCAAGCACUACGCAAAAGUAUUGGUGUCCGCAUCAAAGAGGAAACGGAAAUCAUCGAAGGCGAAGUUGUGGAAAUACAAAUUGAACGUCCGGCAACCGGAACGGGACAAAAGAUGGGCAAGGUUACACUCAAAACAACGGAAAUGGAGACAAAUUAUGAUCUGGGCAAUAAAAUAAUUGAAUGUUUCAUGAAGGAGAAAAUCCAUGCCGGCGAUGUGAUUACCAUUGACAAGGCAUCAGGCAAGGUAAAUAAACUGGGACGCAGUUUCACUCGGGCCAGAGACUAUGAUGCCACUGGGGCACAGGCUCGCUUUGUCCAAUGCCCCGAGGGUGAGCUACAGAAACGCAAAGAAGUUGUCCACACAGUGACCCUGCAUGAGAUCGAUGUGAUCAAUAGUCGCACUCAUGGUUUCUUGGCUCUCUUCUCGGGCGACACUGGUGAAAUUAAGCAGGAAGUACGCGAUCAGAUCAACAAUAAGGUCCUGGAAUGGCGCGAAGAGGGCAAAGCUGAGAUCAAUCCCGGUGUCCUGUUCAUUGAUGAAGUCCAUAUGCUGGACAUUGAGUGCUUCUCGUUUCUGAAUCGCGCCUUGGAGUCGGAUAUGGCUCCGGUGGUGGUGAUGGCCACUAAUCGUGGCAUCACACGUAUACGCGGUACCAAUUACCGCAGUCCACAUGGCAUUCCAAUUGAUCUGCUCGAUCGCAUGAUCAUCAUUCGCACCGUUGCCUAUUCCGAGAAGGAAGUCAAGGAGAUUCUCAAAAUACGCUGCGAGGAGGAGGAUUGCGUCAUGCAUCCGGAUGCCCUGACCAUUCUAACACGCAUUGCCACGGAUACCAGCUUGCGGUAUGCCAUUCAAUUGAUAACCACCGCAAAUUUGGUCUGCCGUCGUCGCAAGGCAGCCGAAGUGAAUACGGAGGACGUUAAGAAGGUCUAUUCCCUGUUCUUGGAUGAAAAUCGUUCAAGCAAAAUUCUCAAAGAGUAUCAGGAUGAUUACAUGUUCAGUGAGAUCACCGAGCACGAUGGUGACGAAUCGGUGGCGGGAGGCGGUGCAAAGCGUCGCAUGGAAUCCAGCGGAGAUGCCCAGCCAAUGGAGCACUAAGAUUUGGUUUAUAUACAAAGAAAAAAACAUAACAAAAAAAAUUGUUCCCCAGUAAGCGAUUAUCGAAUAAAUGGAUAAAAAAAAGUAA